AUGGGCCUGGCGGUGAAGCGCGUCUUCCUCCUCGCCGCCUCCCUUGUGCUCCUCCUGCUCAGCUUCGAGUUCCUGGAGGAGGGGGCUCUCCGCCUUGUGAGCCAUGGCUGCGGCGAGGUCAGUGCCGUGGCAGUGACCCGUGAUGCUGGUUCUGGUUUCGUCACCAGGUUCAGGAUGCUGGUAAGCCUGGAUCAUCAUCAUCGGCCGCGACACCCACACCGGAGCCAUCAAAAGAGUUCUGCAGCUGCAGCUCCGGCACCGACACCAGCGCUGGCGCCAGUUCAGGUUCAUGAAGCAAGAGCUGCCCCCACUCCCACUCCCACUCCUGCUCCUCUUCCCCAUGAGAGGCAUAGAAGGAUGCCACUAAGAAACCACAGCCACAUUGCCCCAGUGAGGAGUGUGGCGCGCAGACUGGGAGGUGGAGGUCACGCCAGGCUCCCCACAGCCGCCAUUGUCGCCCUGGCUGUGGCGGGAGCAUGUCUGCUUGUUCUCGGAGUUGCAGUGGCAGCAGCCUUACUCAGGAGAUCAAGGAAGCUUCAGAAAAAGCCUUUCAAACUGUUUUCCCAUGGACUCACAGGUCAACUUGUGCUACCAUCAAGGGAUGAUUCACCUUCUAGUUCAUCAUAUCAAUCACUCUCACCAGAUUGUAGAUCUCCCUUCUGCCCAAAGACUCCACCUUUCACAGCUCCCGGUCACGCCCAAGUGCAUAACGCCUUUUGCCAUCUUCCAGAAAACCCAGAUGAGGAGAAAACUGAAGUAAUAAACCACCAAAAGACUGCAAAAGCUACCACCAAUUCAGGAUCCAUGGGACAUCCUGAAGCUCCAAAAGUAGACCAGGUCAAUGCAAAGCUCAGGCAUCUAUCGUCAGGAUAUAAGUCUACUUCCUUUGCUAUUGAGACCACACCCUCCGAAACAAACUCAGCAUUCAGGGUGUCAAAUACAGACAUUAAUUUGGAUCCAAAGGAAUCAAUACCGAACUCAGCUGAAGAAGCAAAGUUCAAAGCAUCCGGAGCAACAACAUACAUAUGCAGAUUUGAUGAACAGAUGAUCAAGUCAUUGUUUGCAUACAACUUUCAAGGGCCAGCGAAAAAUGAGGACCCCAAAAGCAAGAGUCUAUCUACCAGCAAACAUGUCAUUGAGCACCACAAACUUCAAAAUACUACUAUACUCUUGAAGACUUUAAACGCUAGCACUGAACAAGUCUGCAGUUCUAUAACAGAAGGUACUGGACUGUCCACACAACAACUAGAAGCGCUGGUCAAGAUGAAACCAUCCGAGGACGAGGAGAAAAAACUACUUGAUUAUGAUGGGGACAUCAACAUGUUGGAUCCAGCAGAGAACUUUGUCAAGGUGCUACUGACAAUACCAAAGUCAUUUUCAAGAAUCGAGGCAAUGCUGUACAAGGAAACUUUUGAUGAUGAAGUUGCCCAUCUCAGGAUGUCCUUUGCACUGAUUAAAGGUGCCUGCAGUGAACUCAGGUCCAGCAAAUUGUUUUUAAGAUUACUUGAAGCAGUACUCAAGACCGGAAACAGAAUGAAUGUUGGAACUAUAAGAGGAGGGGCAACCACACUGGCAGAAAGAGAAGAGUAUCCAGAAAUAGGUACAGAAUUUGUUUCAGAGUUAAGUAAUGAGCUUGGCAAUGUGAAGAAGGUAGCAAGUAUAGAUUUAGAUACCUUGAAAAGCUCAAUCUCAAAUCUAUCACAUGGACUGGCUCAACUGAUAAGGCUUGUCAGCAAGGAGCUUAACUGCAAUGACAGGAACCAGAACUUCCUGCAGUGCAUGAGAUCAUUCCAAACUCAUGCAGAGAAUACCAUGCAGGAACUCAAGGUUGACGAAGCCGAGGUCCUACAGCAGGUCAGAGAACUCACUGAGUAUUAUCCUGGAGAGGUUGGCAAGAAUAGUCCAACCUCCUCCAUAUAUUUGUCAUCAUGA